UUUCAUUAGAAACUAAAUAACUGUGGUGGUAUUCCUAUGGUAGUUACGUAUGUACCGACAACCAAACACCGGGUGCAAUGCCACAUGUCAAAUUGAUAACACAAGUUGAGAUAAGAGGAAAAAUAUGAAUUAUAGAAAAGGAGAUUAAUGACAGCAAGAUAGUGGUAGAACGUGGUGUAUUAGAUCGGAUAAUGUUAGUGACGUCAUAUUGUGAUCGGUGACAAGUCCAACUUUUUAUCAGGUUGUGUCGUCUUGUGCACCGUAGAUGUAUAGUGAUUUUGUGAUGUGUACGAUUAUGAUAUUGUCUCUAUUGACCUAAUAACUAAUUAAUAUAAACUAACUAAUCAGUUUAUUUAAUUUACCGUGAUCUACGUUUUGUUAUUUCUUUCCAUGACGUGCCGGUUUUUUUUUAGUAAACCUCUCCAUCGAGCCAUUAUACCUUGUCUAGUAUACCAUGAUUGUGUAGUGUGUACAGUGUAAAAAUUUUCGUGUGGACAUUACUGAAUGCAAUUUUUUUUUUAACAAUUUACAAUAUUCUUAAUUCAUCUUUGCUGAUAGAACUCAUGAUUUCGUAUUGAUUGAAAUUCCAAAUUUACCAAGGUUUUUGAAAUUAUACUGCCAAAAUGGUGCUGUUAGCUUCAGCCGUAUGCACUAAAACUGGAAAAACAAUUGUUUCGCGACAAUUUGUUGAAAUGACCAAAGCGCGAAUUGAAGGUCUUUUGGCAGCAUUUCCGAAGCUUAUGUCAACAGAAAAACGUCAAAUUCAACACACAUUUGUGGAAACAGAUUCUGUACGUUAUGUAUAUCAACCAUUGGACAAACUAUAUAUGUUAUUGAUUACUACAAAGACCAGUAACAUAUUAGAGGAUUUGGAAACAUUAAGAUUGUUUUCAAAAGUAGUUCUUGACUGUUGCAAGUUAGUUGAUGAAAGUGAAGUGUCAAAAAAAUCUUUCGAUUUAAUAUUUGCUUUUGAUGAAAUUGUUGCCCUGGGAUAUAGAGAGAGUGUUAAUUUAGCGCAAGUAAGAACAUUUGUUGAAAUGGAUUCCCACGAGGAAAAAAUGUAUCAAGCAGUACGCCAAUCACAAGAACGUGAUGCCAAAGUUAAAAUGCGUGAAAAAGCAAAAGAGUUACAACGUCAAAGAAUUGAUGCCGUAAAAAAAGGUGUUCGUAUGCCGACAUCAUCAAGCUCUUAUAUGUCAAUGUCUCCAGUUGCUGAUUCAAUUUAUGAAAUUAAAAUGCCUAAGGCAGAAACACCAAAAUAUACAGCAAGCAAUAAAGCUUUAAAAUUAGGAGCUAAAUCUAAAGAUGUUGAUUUGUUUGUUGAUCAAUUAAAAUCGGAAGGUGAGAAAGUGGUACCCAUCAAUAAAAAAGCAGCUUCUAUUACUUCAUCAACAGUUCAAAGUGAUAUUCAUAUUAAAAAAGAAGAACGUUUAAUCGCAAUCGUUGGUCGUGAUGGAGGUGUUCGCAACUUUGAAUUGCACGGAUUGAUUUCAUUAAGAAUUUCAAAUGAGAACUAUCAAAAAAUUGUUUUACAAUUUAAUACCGAAUCAGGAAACAUUCCAUUGCAAACGCAUCCUAAUAUUGAUAAGGAACUCUUCAAAACUAAUCGUUUAAUAGGCUUGAAAAAUCCAGCAAAGCCUUUUCCAAUUGAUUCUGAAGUAGGAUUACUAAAAUGGACCUUACAGUCACAAGAAGAGUCUGCCAUUCCACUUUCAAUCAACUGCUGGCCUAGUGAAAAUGGUUAUGGUGGUUGUGAUGUAAAUAUUGAAUACAAUUUGGAACACGUUGACCUGGAACUAAAUAAUGUUACUGUAACUGUUCCAUUGCCAUUUGGAAAUGCUCCAGUUAUUCAAGAGUGCAGUGGAGUUUAUAGUUAUGAGCCCAAAAAAAAUGUUUUAAUAUGGUCAGUUGCUGUGGUUGAUUCAUCUAAUCCUACAGGGUCUAUUGAAUUUGAAGCACCUAAGUCUGUUGCUUCAGAUUUUUUCCCCAUAAAAGUAGACUUUAUCUCAAAAUCUGCUUACAAUAAGAUUAAGCCGGUAGAAAUUAGGCUUGUUGAUGAUAAUACUCCUGUUAAGUUUACUUCUGAGACUUCUUUAUAUUCAGGAAAUUAUGAAAUUGUUUGAACAUUAAUUAUUUAUUGUUGUGAACAUUUUUAU